AUGCAGGUGGAGCUGGUGCCUGGAGCAGUAAUACUCUUGGUUCUCUUUCUGCUCACACUCUGGGCCUUCAAGCUUCACCAGGCAAGAGGCAGGCUCCCUCCUGGACCCAGGCCCUGGCUCUUUUUGGGGAAUCUACUGCAAAAAGAUGUUCUGCCUCUGCAUCAAACCUACCCAAAGUUCACUAAGAAGUAUGGUUCAGUUUUCACUAUCUGGCUAGGACCAAAGCCGGUGGUUGCGAUUUGUGGAUAUGAAGCAGUGAGAGAUGCCUUGGUAACUUAUAAUGAAGAAUUUAGUGGACGACCACCUAUACUUCUCCUUACUGAAAUAACCAAGGGCUAUGGUCUUAUUGGUGAACAUGCAAGAUGGAAGAUUCUGCGUCGCUUUAUUCUCACCAUGCUACGGAACUUUGGAGUGGGAAAGAAGCAGAUGGCUGAGCGGAUAUUGGAAGAGGCCCACUGUUUGGUGGAGAAGAUAGCAACCUUUGAAGGUCACCCCUUUGAUACAAUCCCAGCCACCACAGCUUCUGUUUCUAAUGUGAUAUGCUCUGUUGUCUUUGGGAAUCGAUUCUCUUAUGAAGAUAAAAACUUCACUGAAAUAUUGGAAAUUUUUAAAGAAUUUAAUAGUUUCUUUCUGAGCAAUCCCGGAGUGAUAUACAGCAGUUUGCCAAAUAUCAUGAAAUUCCUUCCUGGGCCUCAUAAUAAAGUCCUCUCUAACUGUAACAAGGUCUGUGACUUCAUUAGGAGUAAAGUGGACGCUCACAAGAAGACCUUGGAUCCAAAGAAUCCGAGAGACUAUAUCGAUUGCUUCCUGCUUAAAUUAGAAAAGGAACAAGAUUCUUCUGUAAUCUGUAUGGAAGACUUGGUCAUGACUGUGUUUGAACUCUUCCUUGCUGGAACAGAAAGCACAGGCACUGCCCUUUCAUUUGGCCUUAUUAUUCUGGCCAACUUCCCAAAUAUCCAAGCUAAAGCCCAGCAGGAAAUCGAUGAGGUUUUAGGAACAAACCGUGUCCCCUCUAUGGAGGAUAGGAUGAAGCUGUCCUACACCAAUGCCUUCCUUCAUGAGAUCUUACGUUACCUGCAGUCGAGUAUUGAGAACUUCCCACAUAUGACAACUCAGGAUGUGAAUUUCAGAGGACACUUCAUCCCUCGGGGCACAACUAUUCUUCCAUUGGGCGCUUCAGUCCAUUUUGAUCCUCUCUAUUGGGAAGAUCCUGAGAAGUUUGACCCAGCUCAUUUCUUGGAUGAAAAGGGUGAAUUCCAAAAGAAGGAUGCCUACUUGCCUUUCUCUGCAGGGAAGAGAAUGUGUCCAGGAGAGGGAUUGGCUGAUAUGGAAAUGUUCCUGUUCUUUGUCAUUCUGCUCCAGCAUUUCACUUUUGAACUGAUUACAAACCCUAAAGAGAUAAACUUGGUGACUUUGUUCAUGGACCUUAAGAAGAAUGGGCAGCAUCGCUACUUACGGGCCAUUAAACGUGAAAUCUAA